AUGUCCAAGCACUGUAACUACCAGGAUCAACAGAUUGAUUGCUUGAAGAAUACCGACCUGAAAGCCAGCGAGCUGAUGGAUUGCAUGAGGAAAGAACUGAACCUGACAUCGGCUUUGUUGCGUAAAGCCUUGGCCAUUGAGCUUAGCGUCUCCAAGCUAGUCGUUGAUGGUGACUUGGUACCAACAAGGCGGCCUCGAAGGCUGUGCUCUCCUCAAUUCCAGGGUCUCGGGUUUAUUGUGGGAAACGCCGGAGUUGCUCUUCAGAAGGCC